UUCCAGGAAGUGGCGGCUGUGAGUUGGAACCUGAAUGUUGUUUUCUUUCAGUUUUAAUCAAAAGUAUCGAUGACUUCGUAGUAAAAUGAAAGAUCGGCAGCGUCGUAUAUUCACUACCCUGCUGCACUGCAUCCUGAUCUCAGGGGUGGUUGUGAAAGCCAUAGAGCCCGUGUCCACCACUCUAAUAGUUGGUGCUGGAGCUGCUGCUGCUCUGGGGAAAAUCUAUCAAUAUUUAUUUGAAGUGUGCGAUGAGAACUGGAUCAAUUUUAAUGCAACAGGACUGAAGCAUGACCUUGAGACGAAGCUGUUCGGGCAGCACGUUGCUACACGAGUCAUUUUAAAAGCCGUCACGGGAUUUAUGAGCAGUAAAAACCCAAAGAAACCGCUGGUUCUGUCUCUUCAUGGCUGGACUGGGACAGGGAAGAACUUCGUCAGUCAGCUCAUAGCAGAAAACAUUUACCAUAAAGGCAUGUCGAGCAGUUUUGUUCAUCUGUUUACUGCCACAGCACACUUUCCUCAUGAGAAGCACAUAGAUUCCUACAAGACACAGUUACAGGAGUGGAUCAGGGGAAAUGUGUCCAACUGCGCACGUUCAAUGUUCAUCUUUGAUGAAAUGGAUAAAAUGCAAACCGGACUGAUCGACAGCAUUAUGCCAUAUCUGGACUUUUAUGACAAUCUGAGCGGAGUGUCGUACAGACAGGCCAUCUUUAUCUUCCUCAGCAAUGCAGGAGGAGAGAAAAUCGUUCAGGUUGCUCUGGAUUUCUGGAAAGCAGGAAGAGAACGAGAGGAGAUCCAGCUGAAGGAUUUAGAGAUGGCGCUUUCACUGUCUGUCUUCAACAACAAGAAUAGUGGUUUCUGGCACGCUAGUUUAAUCGAUAAGAACUUAGUGGAUUUCUUCGUGCCGUUUCUUCCGCUGGAGUACAAGCACGUCAUUCAGUGCGGUUUGGCCGAGAUGGCCUCCAAGAAUCACGUGCCGAAUCAGGAAGUAGUUGAACAGAUGGCCCACGAUCUGAACUACUUCCCAAAAGAGGAUCGCGUCUUCUCCAUGCAGGGCUGCAAGAUCAUCUCCAGCAGAAUGGACUUCUAUAUAAACUGAACGAGAGAGAAAACAGAGAAUCGAAAACAACAAUUAAUUAUUGACUGUGUGCUUUUUUUGUCCAUGGAAUCGUGCGACUCCAUCGAGAUUUGAAUUUUUAUACAGAGAGUGUCAGUUGGGGACAUUCUCUAAUAGAACUCAAACACUAUUGCGUUCUAUGAUGUCACAAUCUCUGAUGAAAGCAAGACGACGAAAGUGUUCUAUUAUAGAACUGUUUGAUUAAUUUCGGCUCUUGCAGGGUAAGAUCUUGUUUUCAAGGAUGAAUCUGAUAGAGGAAGCUUUUUUUAAUCUUUGCACAUUGUGGCGCUGUGAAACACUGGCUGUCAGUGAGUUUUUUAAUUAGAGUUAAUGUUGUCAAUCUGUAUUAAUUAUCAUGAGAAGAAGAAAACAUGUAUUUGCCUUCAGCUUGAAAUGUCAGAUACACAUUCAUUUCAGCCAUUUUUGAGAAGAAAAAAACAACAUGACUUGAAUGCUUAAGAUGGUGAUGAUCGUCAGAUGUCUCACAAUUGUUCAUUUCAAUCCCGUUUUGAACUUUGAAGCUAAAGCAGAACGUUCCGGAACAUUUAGUUACCAUCAAGGUUUAUAUUUGGGUUUUUUAAAGUCCUUUAAGUUUGGUCGGAGGUGCUAUUAAGCAAAUCAGUGCCUGUUUAUCUUAUAAGAAGAACACUGAGUUUUUAUUACAGUUAUUAGCAUGUCAACAUGCUAUUUUUAUAUUUGUUGAUAAUAAGUCUUCAUUAUUUGGUCAUCUUCUGCUUUGAACUUAAUUGUGUAGGAAACCAAGAUAAAAUGGCAAAAUACUUGAAGGAUUCAAUGUACAUAUUGAUUUUGAUAAAAGCUUUAUGAGGUAAAUGAAUGUAUUUUGUCUUGCAGAGAUUUAUUCUUCUACUGGCCUGUUGGAGAUGUCUUUUUCUGAUCAUUUAUAUUUUCUUUAAAAAGUCUACAAACUUUUUUAAAACUAAAUGUGGUUCAUUUUAAAUAUACUUUAAAUUACUUGAUUUCUCAGCACCAGUUUUGCUCAAUAAUGUUUGGAUAGAUACUAACUAUAAUACAGUGAUUUGACGAUCGCUAGAUCAAGCUAUUGAAAAAUGACAACAUUAAAGGCCUAAAUAAAUUGGUUUUAUAACUUAAAAUUCGAAUUAAACGAAUUCAUUCG